AAAGAAAGAAAGAAAGAAAGAAAAAGGAAAGACAAGAAUCUAAUUAAAAAGUAGAACAGAAGGACUUGACACGCGUUACUGCGACUUGGGAUAAGACAGGCGUAAUUGUACGGAAACAAGAAUCAAGAUGAAGCUCGAAGGGAACAGCUCGAAAGAUGACGACUCCAACGGGAUAUUAUUGCAGCCGAGCAAAGGCUCGGUUCGACUUCAAAUCGUCCCCGCUCAACCAAAGACCAUAACCCAUCUUCCAGCGAGGCCGCCUGUUGAUCUCGCGUUCACUGACCUCACCUACAGGGUUCGGGAAGGACGCAGAAACAAUUCAAAAACCAUAUUGAAGUCCGUCAGUGGACGGCUGCGAUCUGGAGAAUUGACCGCAAUCAUGGGUCCAUCGGGUGCGGGAAAAUCCACAUUACUCAACAUCCUCACUGGAUACAAAACGACAGGGAUGGAGGGCAGCAUAACGAUGAACGGACACGAGCGGAAUUUGAGUGCGUUCAGAAAGCUCUCUUGUUACAUUAUGCAGGACAAUCAGUUGCACGGAAAUCUGACCGUGCAGGAAGCCAUGAAGGUUGCGUCGAACCUGAAGCUUGGCAGCCACGUGACCAAAGCUGAAAAGGCAGAAGUGGUGAAAGAGAUCCUGGAAACACUUGGACUUGCGGAGCACCGACAUACCAUGACCUCGAACUUGAGCGGCGGUCAGAAAAAAAGACUCUCAAUUGCACUCGAGCUGGUCAACAACCCACCGAUUAUGUUUUUCGACGAACCGACCAGUGGACUGGACUCCUCAUCCUGUUUCCAAUGCAUCUCACUGCUGAAGACUCUUGCUCGUGGAGGACGAACCAUCGUCUGCACGAUACAUCAGCCCAGUGCGAGGCUUUUCGAGAUGUUCGAUGCUCUUUACACGCUCGCCGAAGGCCAGUGUGUCUACCAAGGAUCAUCGUCACAGCUCGUUCCGUUCCUAGGUUCUCUAGGCUUGAAUUGUCCAAGCUACCACAACCCCGCUUCAUUCAUUAUCGAGGUUUCCUGCGGAGAAUACGGAGACAACAUUAGAAAUCUGGUCAACGCUAUUGACAAUGGAAAACGAGACAUCAGAACCGGUUACCAGUUUCCUGCGAUUGGCAAACCGGAGUCUCUUAACAACACGGUCUCUAAUAAUGACAGCAAAGCCACCGACGUAAUUGACAAAAAUGAUGCCAAUAACGUCACGGAAAAGUUUAAUGAAAAUCUGAAAAACAAUGGUACUAUUAAUUUCGUUAUUCCGGGUUACGCUUGCAACGACAUACCGAAAGAGAGUCAAGUAACAAUACCAAUCAGCAUUGAGAAAAAGGAAAAUGUUACAACAGCGUUACUCGAUCAGGGCCUCGUUGUUGCCCCAGAAAGAUAUCCAACCACGGAAUUAGUACAGUUUUGGAUAAUAUUGAAGAGGACACUGCUGUUCAGCAGACGAGACUGGACUCUGAUGUAUCUUCGACUCUUCGCUCACAUUCUUGUGGGACUCUUGAUCGGCGCACUUUACUGGGACAUCGGUAAUGACGGAGCCAAAGUUCUGAGUAAUCUUGGUUUCUUGUUUUUCAACAUGUUGUUCCUAAUGUACACAUCGAUGACAAUCACCAUCCUAUCUUUUCCUCUAGAGAUGCCUGUUUUACUGAAGGAAAAUUUCAAUAGGUGGUAUUCCUUGAAGUCGUAUUACUUGGCGAUCACUGUUUCCGAUAUUCCAUUUCAGGCGAUAUUUUGCAUUAUUUAUGUGAGCAUCGUUUACUUCCUGACGAGCCAACCUGCGGAGGUGAUGAGAUUCAGCAUGUUCCUCGGAGCCUGUUUGCUGAUAUCUUUCGUCGCUCAAUCCGUCGGUCUGGUAGUUGGCGCAGCAAUGAAUGUCCAGAACGGAGUGUUCUUAGCUCCGGUGAUGUCGGUACCGUUCCUCCUGUUCUCAGGCUUCUUUGUCAGCUUUGAUGCCAUACCGAUAUACCUCAGAUGGAUCACUUACCUGAGCUACAUCAGAUACGGUUUCGAAGGCACUGCAUUGGCCACCUAUUCAUUUGCUCGUGAAAGGCUAAAGUGCUCUGUUGUUCACUGCCACUUCAAAAGUCCUAAGAUAACUCUUCAAGAGUUGGAUAUGGAAGACGCAGACUUUACGCUGGAUAUUCUCGCCCUGCUAUUGAUAUUCGUUCUGCUACGUAUAGCAGCAUUUGUUUUCUUACGCUGGAAGUUGAAGAGCACCAGAUAGAGAAAUAUGAAUUCGUUGAUCCCUUUGACGGGACUAUAUAUACGUAACAUAAUGAAUUGUCAUCUAUACACCGAGAGUCAAUAUUAAUUUUUAAAUUCGGUAAUCGUACUCACCCUAAAUUCAGACACGACCAUAACGUAACAGUGAUAUGCACAGAGCUGAUUUGACGAGUGCAAUUCAAGACGUUGUUGCGUCAGCUUUAGUGUUAUCUCUUUUUUUUUUUCUAAUUCCUUAUUUAAGUUAAUUCUUAGGUUGUAGCGCAGAGCUCGUGUACGAAAGAAAACUAACAUAAUUUAUUUAUCAACACUGAUGUUAUAGUCAUAAAAAAAUUUGUCACAUAAACAUUGAAUUGUUCAGGGUAUUUUAGUUUUCCUCUAUUUUUUUCCCACUUUUAUUGCUAUACUCUUAGUCUUUUUUGUUUUCUUACUAUUACUGUGUUACUUGUCAAGGCAUUGUUUACUCAUACAUUAUGCAUCCUUGAUUUAUCUGUAAUUGUUUUGUAAAGAAUGUAGUUCCGGAACAGAAAGAAUUAAGUAAACGGCAUAGAUCGACGACGCUCAGUGGUUGAGAUAUCGCAUACAAAAUAAAUUAAUAUCACUGUGAAAACGUACGCGAAAUGAUUAUAAAUAAGUAUCUCAAGACUAGUUGAAAUUGGGUAGAGUUAAAUAAGUCUCAGCUUUGACAUACAGAAUGAUUUGGUGCAUCACGUAAAGUAUAAUAAUAAUGAAUCACGCAGGGGCCUUGAAAAGUAUAGAAUUAUUCAAUUUUUUAAAUUUGUCGUUCUCCGUUUAAAGUUUAUCUAUUUAACAUUAAUGACUGUUUAUGAAAUUGAGUAACAUUACUAUCCACCAAUGGCUGUGAUUGUGAAAAUUGAAGUGGAAAUGAAUUGAAAAUGAAAAGAAAAUUAAUGCGUAAUAAUUGUUGUAAGAAAUUUUCGCUAAUGAAUUGUACUAUUAAAUCGUAAGAAAACUGCUCAAUGAAGAAAAUGAGGGAGAAAGAGUAAGCUUGUAUAUUAUCUUGCCAGGUUUUGUUAACUUUUACGACCAAAUAUUGUCAAUUUGUAUAAAGAGUCACACUAAUAAGUAAUCAUUUAAUAAUUAUUAAACGUUCAAGAAAUUUUCGUUACAGCAAUGGGAGGGUUUAAGACGCGAUGCGAGAUAACAAAGCGUUACUUUCAAACCCUGCUUCUACUAUUAUAUUGUAUGUUCUCGUAUUAGACAAAAGAUUUAAGUAGACUUCGGAUAGACCGAUGAACUUGCUUUUUGUUUUUUUGUAAUAGAAAAUUAAGGGUUUCAGAAUUCAGACAAACAAUUCGACCAAGCGUUUUAGAUGGAUUACACGGGAAUUUACUAUUCGUCCGUAAAAUAUGAAGUUAUAUGAAUAAAAUUACUUAGCUCUUAUUUUAUUUGAUAUGAAGUAAGUGACAAUUGUAUAGGUUUCUAUGUAUGUGUGUGUUGUAAACUUAUAUACACUCGAAGCAUUGAAUGCCAGAUAUUUGUGUUAUAUGCCUAAUAAUGUUUAUGAUAUUUUAUAGUAGUUAUUGAAUGAUAGACAUAUGCAUAUAUAUAUAUAUACUAUUUGUUAAAAAUAAAACUUGUCUGUUUUUUUACGUAAA